AUGGCGUACUUGCUGCUUUAUGUGGACGACAUGAUCCUCUCUGCAUCCACUACUGCACUUCUUCGCAAUUUCAUCACCAGCCUCAAGACCACAUUCGCCGUGAAAGACAUGGGGCCAGUCAGCUACUUCCUCGACAUCGACGUUCAGUGGCACGCAGAUGGCUUCGUCCUCUCCCAAGCUGCGUAUGCCAACGACAUUCUCGAGCGCGCUGGCAUGGCGAACUGCAAGGCUGCCCGACGCCGGCUGAUGCGAAGCCCAAAUCUUCUAGCACUGAUGGAACACCCCUCAAGGAUGCCUCGUGGUACCGCAGCAUGGCCGGCGCCCUCCAGUAUCUCACGUUGA